GUGGCUACACCACCGCUGGGCACUAUGGCCUCGUGGAUUAUUCAGAUGACUGUGAUGUUGCUAUCUGUCUUCAUCGGCAGCGGCCAGGGGAAGAGAGACAAGAUGCUCUACUGCUCUGCAUGCAAGGCAAUUGUGGAUGAACUCAACUACUCAAUCAGUCAGGUGGACCCAAAGAAAACCAUCAACAUCGGCGGCUUUCGACUCAACCCCGAUGGAACCAUGACAGACAAAAAGGUACAGUACACAGAUGUGUAUUCCCUCACCUUUCCACUCAUUUGUCUCCUACAGCUCUUAAUUGUAGAACGGCGUGACCACGGAGUUGUCAAAAUGGCUGAACAGUUUGGCAAGCAGAAGGGAAAACAUGGCCACCGCCCUGCAAACGGCGUGGCUGCCAUUGUGCAAAUAAGACUGCUUGUGUGCGCGCGUCCAUGUGCGUGCGUGUGUGUGUGUGUGCAUGUGUCUGUGUGCGUGCGUGUGUGUGCGUGUGUGUGUGUGUGCGUGUGUGUGUGUGUGUGUGUGCGCACUCUCUUUCCCCCAGGCCAAGUGUUUCUCUUGUGUUUUUCCUCUCAGUGUGAAGCCGUGGUCGAGGAGCUGGAGGAUGAGAUCAUCUCUCUGUUCAGCCAGGACGGGGAGCAUGUGCACGAGGAGUUAUGCAACAGAGUCUCAGACUACUGUAAAGGCAGCAGUCACACAAACGAGGAGUUAUAGUGUUUUAGGUUUUCAGUGGACGAAGGUGGGAGCAGCUCUGUUGCAGAUAUGACAGAAACGGGCCCUG